CAAAGAUGAGGAGACUUCAAAACCUGCUGUUCACCUUUUGCAUUGCUCUGAGGUGUGUGACCACUGCAGAAGAGGUGAUCCAUGUGACUGGAUAUGUAGGGAGUGCAGUUAAAGUUUCCUGCUCCUAUGAUCAGGGUUACGAGUCUUAUGAGAAGUACCUGUGUCAGAAUGACUGUCACAGCGAUAAUGAUGUUCUUAUUACAACAUCAAAUCCAGUGAAAAGCAAAUACAGGAUCUAUGAUGACAAAACAGCACGAAUCUUCACAACAAGCAUCUCUGAUCUUCGUUCUGCGGAUGCUGGGAAAUACUGGUGUGGAGUGAGCAGAUUUGGAAGAGAUAUCUACACCGAAGUCGAGCUGAAAUUAGUCCAAGACAGCUGCUGUAACAGUGUGAAAGAAGUUGAAAGUUAUGCAGGAUAUUCAGUGUCCUUCAGUUGUCCAUAUGAGUCAAGGUACCAGAACAACCUGAAGUACAUCUGCAAAGGAACCCAGCCCUCCAUGUGUCUGCAACGGGCACUAAUCACCUCUUACAACAACCAAAAUGGGCGAUUCAGAUUUGAUGAUGAAAAUAUCUUAACACAAUUCACAACAAAAAUUAGCCGUUUGACACAAAGUGAUUCAGGGCGUUACCUUUGUGGCAUCCAAAGAAACUCUGACCUGCAUCUUUUCUGUGCUUUUGAGCUGAAAGUUAAAGACCACUGCUGUGAUACUGUGACCAAUAUUGAAAGUUAUGAGGGAUACUCUGAGUCCAUCAAUUGUCCUUACGAAAGUCAGUACCAGAACAGCCUGAAGUACAUCUGCAGAGGAAACCAGCCCUCCACAUGUCUGCAGGAGGCAAUAAUCACCUCUGACAACAGAGAAAGUGGUCGCUUCAGACUUAAUGAUGUAAAAAUGUCAAGAAUAUUCACAGUGACAAUUAGCAGCUUGACCCAAAGUGAUUCAGGGUAUUACCUUUGUGGUGUUCAAACAAACUCUGACCAUGAUGUUUUCUCUGCUGUUGACCUGAACGUCAAAGAGUGGUGCUGUGUCAGGUCAACUAAAAUAACAGGUACUGUGGGACAUCCACUAACUCUGCAGUGCCCUUAUCCUCAACAACAUCAGGAUAACAGGAAGUUCCUCUGUAAGGGAGACCACCGCAACAGCUGCAGAGACAUGGUGAUGAGUCAAAACAGAUUCACACUACAAGAUGAUAUUUAUUCCAGCUCUUUCUCAGUGAUGAUCACAAAGCUAGAAGAAGCUGAUGCUGGGACCUACUGGUGUGGGUCAGACUCACAGUGGAGAGUUGGAAACUACACCAAGAUUCAGCUGUCAGUCGAGUUCUGCUGUGUCAAAUCAACUAAAAUAAAUGGUACUGUGGGGCAGCCACUAACUUUGCAGUGUCCUUAUCCUUCACAACACCGGGAUAACAGGAAGUUUCUCUGUAAGGGAGACCACCGCAACAACUGCACAGAUAUGCUAAAGAAUCAAAGCAGAUUCACACUACAAGAUGCUUCUUCCAACACUUUCAUUGUGAUGAUCUCAAAGCUGGAAGUAGCUGAUGGUGGGACAUACUGGUGUGGGUCAGACUCACAGUGGAGGGUUGGAAACUACACCAAGAUUCAGCUUUCAGUCUUUCCACAGAGCACUCUGGGGGAAAAAAAACCAGAAGCUGUUCUCUCCCUGAGGAGAAAUGCAUCUAGGAAAAAGAGUUCAAAGGAGGUGGUUGGUGCAGCACAAAGUGAAAUUUAUAAAAAUCAAGCUGUGGUGACCUCCAAUGACCAAAGCACCUGUAACAUCCAUGAAGAAGUAGAUGUAGAAGUACACUACGAAAACUUGACCGCAAGUGAAUAAAUCUGCUGCAAUGAAAAUUUCCAUAAACCCGACAGAAGAUACAGUUCAGUCCAUAAAUAUUUGGACAGAGGCAACUAUUUUCUAAUUUUGGUUCUUUAAAUGAAACAAAUCAGACAUAGUUGAAGGGACUCAAAAGUAAUUGGACAAAUUAAAUAGGUGAAAAUAAAAUGUUAAUUUCUAAUACAUGAUUGAAACCCUUUGCUGGCAAUUACAGCCCCAUGUCUUGAUAUCAUGGAUAUCACCAGGUGCUGGGUUUCCUUCUUUUAGUCUUCAAAUAAAUCCACGCCCACUUGGGUUAAGAUCACUUGGCCAUUCAAAAAUAUUCCACAUCUUUGGUUUAAUAAACUCCUGGGUUGCUUUGGCUGUAUGUUUUGGGUCAUUGGGCAGAUGGACUUAUACAGAUGGACAAUCAAUUUGACUGCAUUUAGCCUGAUUUGAGUAGACAGUAUGUCUGAACACCUCAGAAUUUAUUUGGCUGCUUCUGUCCUGUGUCACAUCAUUAAUAAACACUAGUGUCCGAGUGCCACUGGCAGUCAUGCACGCCCAAGCACACUGCCUCUGCCGUGUUUUACAGAUGAUGGAUAUCGAUACACCUACCUCCCGGAGAGUGUUGUCACUUGGUUGGCUGUUGUGAAGGGGUUUCUCUUCACUAUGAAAUGAUUCUGCGAUCAUGUACCAAAGUGUCUUCCAUGGACAUCCAGGUCUUCUUGCGUUGCUGAGUUUACCAGUGCUUUCUUUCUUUCUCAGGAUGUACCAAACUGUAGAUUUUAUCAUUUCAAAUAUUGAAGCAAUUUUUCAGAUUCAGUUUUUCUGUUCUGUCAGCUUAAGGAUGGCCUUUUUCACCUGCAUGGAGAGCUCCUUUGGAUGUAUGUUAUCUGUUCACAGCAAAAUAUUCCAAAUGCAAGCAUGACACAUCAAAUCAACUCCAGGCCCUUUAUCUGCUUAAUUAAUAAUGGCAUAAUACAGGAAGUGCCCACACCUGCCCAUGAAACAGCCUUUGAGUUGUCCAGUUAUUCUGGUCCCUUUAUAAAGUGGUUGGCACAUGUUAAGAAGCUGAAACUCCUAUACUCUUUAUUCAAUUUGACUGUGGAUACCCUCAAAUGAAAGCUGAGAGUCUACACAUUAUGUCCAUGCCCAGUGUAUAACUAUAAUUAGAAUAUGUUCUGGCAAAGAGGUAUAAAAACAAUUAUAAAUCGAUCUAACUGGAAGUAGCCCUCACAUCUGUAGUUACUAGCUUUGCCUUUAAUUGCUUAGUGUUCAUAAAAAUAUCUGCUGUUUUUUUUAAAGUGAAAACCCAAUAAUGCAAAACUCACAUGAUUAAGUGAACAAAUACACAAAGUGAAAUACAA